AUGUGGCCUCCUGUGGGGGCAGGGCCGGUGCACUGCGAUGGGGCUGGGGCUGGGGCUGGGCAGGUUGGGACUGCCCGCUGCUCCCCACUCCUGGCUCUGGCCUCCAGGGGCUUCCAGAACCCGGAGACACUGGCUGACAUUCCGGCCUCCCCACAGCUACUGACCGAUGGCCACUACAUGACGCUGCCCCUGUCUCUGGACCAGCUGCCCUGUGACGACCCCAUGGCGGGCAGCGGAGGCGCCCCCGUGCUGCAGGUGGGCCAUGACCACGGCUGCCACCAGCAGCCCUUCUGCAACGCGCCCCUCCCUGGCCCUGGACCCUAUCGUACAGAACCUGCUAAGGCCAUCAAACCUAUUGAUCGGAAGUCAGUCCAUCAGAUUUGCUCUGGGCCAGUGGUACUGAGUCUAAGCACUGCAGUGAAGGAGUUAGUAGAAAACAGUCUGGAUGCUGGUGCCACUAACAUUGAUCUAAAGCUUAAGGACUAUGGAGUGGAUCUCAUUGAAGUUUCAGACAAUGGAUGUGGGGUAGAAGAAGAAAACUUUGAAGGCUUAACUCUGAAACAUCACACAUGUAAGAUUCAAGAGUUUGCCGACCUAACUGAGGUUGAAACUUUCGGCUUUCAGGGGGAAGCUCUGAGCUCACUGUGUGCACUGAGCGAUGUCACCAUUUCUACCUGCCACGCAUCGGCGAAGGUUGGGACUCGACUGGUGUUUGAUCACGAUGGGAAAAUCAUCCAGAAAACCCCCUACCCCCACCCCAGAGGGACCACAGUCAGCGUGAAGCAGUUAUUUUCUACACUACCUGUGCGCCAUAAGGAAUUUCAAAGGAAUAUUAAGAAGCUUGCCCGCUACACCAAGGAAGGCUUCCUGCACUUGGGUGCCCUGGGGACCACCACACUCCUCCCUGACACCCGCUGCCUGGUGGACAACUCCAAGAGUCGGCUGCCCCAGCUCCUGGACUGCGACAAGGUCAAGAACAGCCUGUACAAGCGCUGGAACUUCAUCCAGAAUGGAGCCAUCAUGAACAAGGGCACGGGAUGCUGCCUGGAGGUGGAGAACCGCGGCCUGGCUGGCAUCGACCUCAUCCUCCGCAGCUGCACAGCCUCUGAUGUGGACCUGGUACUGAGGAGCAAGACUGUCCAGUUCUCCUCCACAUCGCCCAUCCCAGAAUCAGGAUCUGGGACUGGCAGGGUCCCCUCCUGUGUCUCAUCUCUUGCAGCAGCAGCUGCUGAACUCCAGCCAUCAACACGGUGGGAGGCAGCGGGGGCUUCAGCCAUGUCCUAGCUCCCCGCCCUAAAAGGAGGCAGUGAGGACCGGGCACUAUUUCCUCCGAGGUUACUUCUACCCAGAUGACACCUGCCUGUUCACGCCCCAAGGCAGCUACUGCCCCUAACCCUUCCCACCAGGGUAGCUUUGGGCACUGCAGCUCUGGACUUUUCUGGCCCCUCCUGAGAUGACCUGAUGGAGCUGAUGCUUUCUCUUCUAAUCACCUGGGCACUAGGCUCUUAUCAGUGUGCUUGGGCCAGCUCUCCUGCCUGUGUCUAGAGGAAGCCAGAGACAGAAAUAGGCUAAGCCUGCAGUCGGAUCUCAGCCACAAGGGCCCUGCAGGAUGGAGCUGGGUCCAGGACCAGGGAGCCCUGACUCCCAGAGGCUGCCACCGGGGAGAAGCAGCGGUCCUCCAUCCAGAACCUAAGGGCUGAAGCAAAGGCUGCCAGGACCCUUGAAGAUGCUUUUGGCUCACCUCAUUUCACCCCACGCUCUGCUGGCUGGCAGAGGAGAAGGCAGUCGUUUCCUCUCUGAAGAGUAUUUUUUUUCGAUUGCCCUCUGGUUAGGGUGCACAUAUAAAUCAGAGUUAAUAUAUGAACGCGUGUGCAUGCACAAGCCUGUGUGUGCCUGCGUGCUGUGCGUGGCAGGGUGUGUGUGUGUGUGUCUGGCUGUGCGUUCCAGAGUGUGUGACGAUGCUGACCUAGCUGUGUGGCCUUGGGCUUUCUGCUUCAUUACUCACCUGGAUGGGGACGAGGGAUGAGAAGGGUGUGGGUUUGGCUCCAUGUCACUGGCCGGAAGGAUGUGUCUCAGCCCUGCCCUGUGGGGUGCCCCCGCUGGGAGGCUGUCCCAUCUCCCAGUCCCCAUCUCUUUUUCCCCACACUGUCCCUGGCCAAGCCCUGCCCAGAGCUGAACCCUGUAGCUGCUGCCUUGCCCUGUGUGGGAUUCGCAGUGUCUCAUUUGGUGACAUCUUACUGGUGAUCAUCUCCUCACCCCAUCUCCCACCUUGUGGAAUAAAUACAUGUUAGCACUUCCCA